AUGGGAAUGAAGAUAAAGGUGGUAUACAGGAAGGUUUACGAUUACGUGAGGUAUGAUUUAAAGGAGAUUGCAUUCCCUUCAUCUUUACCUGAUCCACCCCAUUUCAAAAAGCGCCGGAAGCUCACUUGGAAGGAGCGUUUUCUUGUGUUAAAGGAAGCAACAAGGCUCUACGGUGCAAGUUGGGUUCGGGAUAUCAGUCCUGAAUUGAGGCCAAAUGAUUACAAAAAGCUGGUGGAGAAUGGAGUUGAAUUUGAUGAAGCAACCGGUGGGAAAACAGAGAAAGAACCCUCUACGCUGGAGGAUCUUGCUGUUGCUGCACGAGGAGGCAUGGAAACACUAAGGCCAGCAUUGCAGCGUGUUUAUAUGACACGAGCUUCUGCAUAUAGAGAUGCUCUUAAAAGUUUUAUUGAAGGGUAUCAAGAAGGCAUUAAAAAUGUAAUGGAGAAGAAGGAUUCGAGAUCUCCAUUGGAAGAUGACAUUCUGAAAAAGCCUACACCAUAA